AUGAAGUCGUCGACAAGUAUGCACUUCUCCUCCUCCUCCAACGGAUACGGCCAUUCCCCUCGCGACUUGCUCACCGGAGCAGCCGUAACGACGACUGGAGCCACGACAUCACCGCCAAUGCCUGUCAACCUGGACCUGCAAAGGUGAGAGAAAGAGACGAUUGCAGAACAUUCUAGAAACAUCCCUUUUUUCAGGAUCGACUCCUCGGAACGAUCGACUGUAGUAAUGCUGAAGUUGACAGACGAGAUGUUCGCGGCUCUCGAGGCAGGACAACGGAAUGGCAAGAAGCUGCGGAUACAUGUCGACGAACGGGAAGGUCGUGUCGAAAUUGGCGACGGCACCGCUUCUUCCAAAACCAACAAUACCUUCUACUUCCAGAAGCAAUCGCUACCGGUUAGUGUUGUUUUAGCACUAAUGCGAUUGAACGUCGAAAAGUUUAGGACCAAACGGAUACUCUUGUUCAAACGGGUGGAGUCGUUCGAAACGUCGGAACAUACAAGACGAGAUAUCAAGUGAGAUUUCGUCAUUUUAUGUCUUCUUUCUUAUAUCAUCAUCGCAGAUACAAGCGACUGAUCGAUCUUUCGAAGAAACGAAAAAACGAGCUGAAAUGCGGGCGGAAGUAGAGAAAAGUCGGGGAACAAAGGAGAUGAAGUGAGUAUUUGUUUGAGUAUUUCCUGUUGCGCACGUCACAUUUUUGCAGAAAAGGAGUGCCUUCAUCCUCUUCUCGAUAUCUGAACUCUUCCUCCUCCUCGACGCCUCGCAACAUGGGUUCAUCUGUGACUGGAUCUAGCUCAUCCCGAGUCAGCCCACCUUUCAUUUCCUCAAAGGCUUCGACGAGUCACGUUCCGAACCCGAGAGGCACGCCCAACGGAUCUGACAACCGAAAAGUCGACAUUUUGAAACCCGAGCUCAUGCGCCAGUCCAUCAGAAAACGCAUUAUUCAUCUAGUUGUGACGCAAAAGUACAAAACUUGGGAAGAGGUUUUCAAGAAGUUCCAAGCUGAUGGAGUCCCGAAAGAAAAGGCCGACGCGGAAACGAUACAGUCUUUGGUCGAGGAAGUUUCGGAGCCACGAUCAGGAACGUCGACGCUCUCCCUCCGAACGAGCUUACUUUCGGAGGUUGACGCCCGCUGGAAGUUCUUCAAUCAGGACGAAAAGGCGCAUGUACGAAGACUUCAAGCCAGUCAGUCUGGAUCACGAGCUGCCCCGGCUGAAUCCACAAACUUUGCUCCGACAAGGAAGAAGGGAAUGGAAAGGAUGACGGCGUCGAAGAGCAGUUCGGACAGAGAUAAGGAAAAGAAAGAGAAAGUGGAGACUCCAAGUCCGCCGAAAGAAGAGAAGCGUGUUGAAAGUGACGAUGACUACUACGCGGCACCGGAACCGGCCGUCAAACGGAGAGCACACAACUUGGCGCCGCCCCCAGUUGCGGCUCCGCAGACGACGUCAUCUCAGACGGAAGGUCCUCCAACGAAACGGCCGAAGAGAAACGAAUCCACGAGUCCUCUGGUGGAUCCACCUCAGCAGGCCUCAGAGCCGAAGGUAUUUAUUUGAUGAAUGUGAUGAAAAUGACAUGAUUAUUGUUUUAGAUCAAUCCGGCCAAGAUGGCGGCGAUGGUGUCAGCUCAGCCGGUGCCAAAGUUCGAGCAGCCACGAGAGCACCAUCAAAUAACGUCUUCGGUUGCGAACGGCGGAGGAUCGACGGCUUCGAGCAGGAUCUCGUCGCCGGCUUCGUCACUUUCAUCGCCGAGUCAACCGUCGUGUAAUUGGGAGAAACAGUUCGGCGACAUCAAGACUCAUAGUGAGGCCGAACAGUACUUCAACAUGUUCCAUAAGGAAUAUCCGCAGUACAUGGAGUGCCACAGAAAACUGACGGAAGUGUCGGCCGAGUUCCGUAAUCUUGAGGUGCGCUUGGCGAAAGCUUCUGCCCAAAGAAAGGCUUCUCCUUCACCGGCCAACAUCCAAGAAGUGAAGAACAUCGAACGACAAAUUCAAAAGAGAUAUGCGUUCUUCGAAAAAGAUCCGGUAUUUUUAAGAGUGAGUAAACCAAUUUCACGUGCAAACUGUUCAUUUGCUUAUUGACAGGCUCGCCAACGUCACACCGAUCUCCGAUCCAAACUGAAUGUGUUGAAGACCCGAAUUGGGAACUGGGAAACGCACAGAAGGCAGACGUCAAAUGCAUGA